AUGUGGACCUUGACUCCCGAAAGAGACAUUUCUGGUGAUAUCAUUACUUGCUUUUCCCGGGUGUUGACACACGAGGAAAGGCAGCGACAAAAGGUUCCUCAAACGACUUUCAUUUGGUAUAUGCCCACUCAAAUAUCGGAGGCAUACUUGGGGAAAGGGAGGCCAGUGGAAGAUUACGCCGUGAGCCAACAAUGGGCUGAUUUCCACUUUGGGCAGUUUUCCUUAUGUGAACUGAUGCUUGUACCCGUGUUCAUCACUGAGAUUUUCAAUCAUUGGUUCCUAGUCGCGGUGAAUAUAAUCAAUAGGUGUGCUGAUAUUUGGGACCCCCUUGUUGCUGCCAGAAGCAAAACCGUAAGCACGAAAGCCACAAAAGAGAUGCUAAGUACUCUUGAUCGCCUUUUCAAGUCCGAGAUAAAGCAACAUAAACAAAAUGACUUCCAGUUCUCCAACUUCAAGGUUUCAAUAAAGAGCGGUACACCCCAGCAGGACAAUGGGCACGAUUGUGGAGUAUAUGUCAUGAAGUUUAUGGAGUCCUUCUUCAAACGGGAGGAAUCCAUGUCUCCGUUUGCUCCAGUGGAUGAGCGGCUGAGGAUAGCAUGUCGGCUUGUAACACAUGAUCGAAACGAGGUGAGGGCGGUUGUUUUCGCUGACAAGGAAAAAUACUACAUGCAACAGACUCCUCUACCCGUAGGUAGCCCUGUGAAGACCCAUUCGGACCCCAGAUUUUCAACGAAGAAGCUGAAGUCGAAGAACUCCAUUCCCACACGUCCAGUACCAACAAGGACUAGUGGUAGACUGAAGAGAAUUAAGUAUGAGGAAUAGUUAAUCAAACCAUCUAUGUUUUUUGGUAUUAGCCAUGCCCACUUUUCCUUCUCCCGGAUGUAUUAAAUCAAGUUAGAAAGGGUUGAGGAAUUGUAAAGGAGAACUAGUUUCAAUUUUUUAAUAGGCAUUUUGAUUUAUUAGGUCCAGAUACAUUUGUCUACAAUCGACAUUGUAGAUCGUAACCUCUAAAUUUGGCCAGUACGAAGUAGAUAUGUUUGUAU